AAAUGCUAAUUAUAUUUGUUUCAUGAGAUGAGAAUCUUUUCUGUGAAUGGCUGGGGCACUUCAACGCCUUCAACGCCUACUGAAUUCGGCUUGGCUUGUUAGCUUCGCAUCUCCAACUCCAACUCCACGACCACAAUUUCCCUUUCCUUCUUAUUCAACUCCCUCCAAUCCAAUCACUCCCACACUCACACUCGAUUCUCUCUCUCCUAAAAGAUUGUCAAAAGUAUUUGCCAUGGAGGGUUCUAAAGGGAAUUCAGGAAAGGAUCUGCCAUUGGGGUUGGAUGAAGCAAGUGAGGAAGAAUACACUUUACAAUCUAAGCUACUUCAAGAAUUUACUAGCAUCUCCAACAUUGAUAAGGCAUGGACUUUUAAGUCUGGGAGCGGGAUAAACUCCCAGGCAAUGUUUUUAGUUAGUCAACCUAACCUUUUGGCAAAUAAGAGGAGAAAGUUUGUUCUUUCCACUGAAAUUUCAAAAGAAAGUGCCACUUCUGUGAACUUUCGAUGGGCCCCUUUUCCUGUUGAGAUGACAGGAGUUUCUGUAAUUGUGCCAUCUCCAUCCGGAACCAAGCUUUUUGUUGUUCGGAAUCCUGAAAAUGAAUCUCCUUGUCACAUUGAGAUUUGGAGUUCAUCUCAGUUGGAGAAGGAAUUCCAUGUUCCCCAAUCUGUUCAUGGUUCGAUAUACACUGAUGGAUGGUUUGAGGGAAUUUCUUGGAAUGCUGAUGAAACUCUUAUUGCUUAUGCUGCGGAAGAGCCAUCUCCCACCAAGCCAACAUUUAACGAGCUAGGCUAUUAUAAGAAAGGAGGUUCAUCGGAUAAGGACUAUGGUAGCUGGAAAGGACUAGGGGAAUGGGAGGAGGGCUGGGGUGAGGCCUAUGCUGGAAAAAGGCAGCCUGCACUUUUUGUCAUUAAUAUUAAUAGUGGUGAGGUACAAGCUGUUAAAGGAAUUGAGAAAUCCUUGAGUGUUGGUCAAGUGGUAUGGGCGCCAUCAAUUAGUGGAUCAGACCAGUAUUUGGUUUUUGUUGGGUGGUCUUCAGAUAAGGGAAAGCUUGGAAUAAAAUACUGCUACAACAGGCCUUGUGCAUUAUAUGCAAUUAAGGCGCCAUUUGAUGAAACAGAAGCCAAUAAAGAUAAUCUUAAAGAUAGUUCAACUGAAAAUGUGCCUGUGUUCAAGCUAACUCAAAGCAUAAGCAGUUCCUUUUACCCACGGUUCAGCCCAGAUGGAAAAUUCCUUGUGUUUUUAUCUGCACGUAGUUCUGUGGAUUCUGGAGCACAUUCCGCGACCAAUUCACUUCACAGGAUCGAAUGGCCAACAGAUGGCAAUCUGUCCUCAUCUUUGAAAAUUGUUGAUGUGAUUCCUGUUGUGAUGUCUGCUGAAGAUGGUUGCUUUCCUGGGCUUUACUGCACUAGUUUCCUGAGUAAUCCGUGGCUUCUUGAUGGCUGCACAAUAAUAUUAUCUACCAUCUGGAGAAGUAGUCUAGUGUUACUUUCAAUAAAUGUAUUAAGUGCAGAAGUAUCACGUAUUAGCCCUAUAGACUCUGGUUUUUCAUGGAAUCUUCUUGCAUUGGAUGGAAAUAACGUUGUUGCAGUUUCUAGCAGUCCAGUAGAUGUUCCUCAAAUCAAGUAUGGGUAUCUUACUGAUAAUGCUACAUGGAAUUGGUUAGAUGUAUCAAGUCCCAUAGUUAAAUGCCCCGAGAAGGUUAAAUCUUUGCUGUCAAAUCAGCAGUUUGAUAUUAUGAAGAUUCCAGUGAAGGAUGUUUCUGGUAACUUGACUGAAGGAGCUAAGAAACCUUUCGAAGCAGUAUUUGUGUCCUCCAAAACUAGAAGAAAUGAUUCAUGUGAGCCACUGAUUGUAAUGCUUCAUGGCGGUCCCCAUACUACAUCAGUGACAAGUUUUUCAAAGUCAUUGGCAUUUCUGUCUUCAAAUGGAUUCAACUUGUUGAUUGUCAAUUAUAGAGGAUCCUUGGGAUUUGGUGAGGAAGCUCUGCAAUCUCUACCAGGAAAAAUCGGGACCCAGGAUGUCAAUGAUGUACUCACAGCUAUAGAUCAUGUCAUUGGCCUCAAAAAAGCUAAUCCAUCAAAAAUUGCAGUGCUUGGUGGUUCCCAUGGUGGCUUUCUCACAACCCACUUGAUUGGCCAGGCACCUGACAAAUUCGCUGCUGCAGCAGCAAGGAAUCCAGUUUGCAACCUUGCAUUGAUGGUUGGCACAUCUGAUAUCCCAGACUGGUGCUUUGUAGAGACCUAUGGAAGUGAGUGGAAAAACUAUUACACUGAAGCACCAACAGCUGAACACCUGACCUCCUUUCAAAUGAAGUCUCCUAUUUUCCACAUCUCAAAGGUGAAGACGCCUACGCUUUUCCUUUUGGGUGCCAAAGAUCUUCGAGUUCCAAAUUCAACUGGAUUGCAAUAUGCUCGAGCACUAAAGGAGAAAGGAGUUGAUGUUAAAACUAUUGUGUUUCCUAAUGAUAUUCAUGGAAUUGAUAGGCCACAAUCUGAUUAUGAGAGUUUUCUAAACAUUGGGGUUUGGUUCAAGAAGUACUGCAAAUAAGCUUGCUCCUUGAUUAGCUUUGCAGUUGAAUGACUACUUGAAGGAAAUCUAGGACUUGGAAUCGCUUUAAGCUUAUAACCAAAUUUAACAUUUUCUUUAUUAAGGUGGUGGUGAUACCUGGCCUGUUCCAUUUUGUAAAACAUUUUAUCUGAACAAUACAGUUUCUUUUUAUUUUCUA